GCGGCCUCCGCAUCGGUCAUCCUUUCAGGAGGCUCGGCCAGAGGCAGAAUACACAUCAUUUCAGCGACCGGAGACCGAAUUAUACUACAUUUCUGCGCUCUGAGUUCAAAGUAAACAUCUUUAGCUUCUCCACAUCGUGAAUGGAUCAUGGAGUGUGUUCCUGCUGUUCUAGAUGAGUUGGAUGUUAAAAAGGAGGCGCACACAGACGAUCCUGAGUAUAAUGUCUACACCCGCUUCAUGAAAUCCCACCGCUGCUAUGACCUGGUGCCCACCAGCUCCAAGUUGGUGGUGUUUGACACUUCUCUACAGGUGAAGAAGGCCUUCUUCGCUCUAGUGUCUAAUGGGGUGAGAGCAGCGCCUCUCUGGGACAGCAAGAAACAAUGCUUUGUCGGUAUGCUGACCAUCACAGAUUUCAUCAACAUACUUCAUCGCUAUUACAAGUCUCCUCUGGUCCAGAUAUAUGAAUUAGAAGAGCACAAAAUAGAAACAUGGCGAGAGGUCUACCUGCAAGACUCCUUCAAACCUCUCGUCAGCAUUUCUCCCAAUGCCAGCUUAUAUGAUGCCGUCUCAUCUCUAGUGAAGCAUAAGAUCCACAGAUUACCCGUCAUUGAUCCUCUAACAGGAAACACGCUCUACAUCCUGACGCACAAGAGGAUCCUCAAAUUCCUCAAGCUCUUUAUAUCUGAGAUGCCCAGGCCGGGGUUUCUGUCUCAAACGCUGGAGGAGUUGAACAUCGGAACGUUUCACAACAUCGCGGUGGUUCACUCGGAUACGCCGCUCUACGCCGCGCUCGGCAUCUUCGUGGAUCAGAGAGUGUCUGCUCUUCCUGUGAUGGAUGAAAAUGGACGUGUGGUGGACAUCUACUCCAAGUUUGAUGUUAUUAAUCUGGCGGCUGAGAAGACGUACAAUAACCUGGACAUCACUGUGACUAAAGCCCUCCAGCAUCGCUCGCAGUACUUCGAGGGUGUGCUCACCUGCCGAGCCAAUGAGACGCUAGAAGCCAUCGUCAACCGACUGGUGGAGGCCGAGGUUCACAGGUUAGUGAUCGUGGAUGAGCAGGAGGUUGUGAAAGGCAUCGUGUCUCUGUCUGAUAUCUUACAGGCGCUGGUGCUCUCCAAUGGAGACGAUGGAAGUUUUUGAUGGAAGGAGAGACGGUGAAGCAGAACGUCUCUGUAUUUCCUUUUCUCUCAGUACGUCACAAGGUGUUCCAGAAAAAGGAUUGCUAGAGAUGUCUCAGACACAGGAGAUAAUAAAGCACAGCCAGAUACAGAGUGAAGAAAGAGACCUCUGUACUGCUUCAGGGAGUCUACAAUCAUUUUAACUGGACAGAAUUCAGAUGUUUUUAAUUGUGUCACUGGGCACAGCUCUUACUGACGUGACAGCCGUCGUUCGUGUUAUUUCCCUCACAGAAGGACAACAGAUGAGGUUUUCGUGCAGGUGUCAGUGGAGAAGAAACAGAGUAUGUACUGAAGCGUUCUCUUAUUGAUCUGGACGUGGUUCAUUUGGGCUUUUGAUAUUGAAGAGUUUCAUCUGAGCCGGUCUGUUUCCACACUACACACUGAUACAGUCACUCCUGCAGUAUUCAGAGGACGUUUGACCCAUUUCAACUUCCUUUGUAAUGUGAACAUGGAGUGUUAAAAAUGCUAAAAAUGUUUUUAUAUUAACCAUUGAAUAUAGCGUUGAAUAUAAAAACAAUUACAGCUCUGUAAUAUUACCAUCAUGUAUUUUUAGUAUAUUAUCAUAGAUCGAUUUUGCCUGUUGUUUUUGGUCGUGUUAUAUGCAGAUGCGUUUUACUUCUAGGUUGCUAUUGAUUUUAUUCUUCAGUUGUUUUCAGCUGCAUGAUCUCAGUGGCUUUUAUCAAUGCUUUUGACAUAAAGAGGAAGCAGUGUUUUUAUAGAUUAAACAUGUCAUGAGAAACAGGCAGUGAUCUCCUGUCAGCUGUGCAUUAUGGGUAAAUUGUGAAGCCAUUUCAGUUAGAUAUAAUCCCACAAUUUGCUGAUGUUAUUUGUCAAAAUAAAAUGUACUGUAAGGUCCAGCAGCGACUCCGGACGAUUCACACUUCUCUUGUUUUUAUUUGCUAUGAGAAAAAAUAAUUCCAUCUUUUUAUUGGUAUAUAUUUUGCUGGUAUUUUUCUCUCUCUAAUAUUUUUUUAUGCCACGCACAUCUGCAAAUACACAGGAACUAUUUUCUAUUUCUCUCAUGUCUAAGAUGUUUCAAGGCACAAGCAAAUAAAACCUGUUCAGUUUU